GCAAAAGUCAAWUCAAAUUUUGAAAACAUGGCGUCCACUUUACUGUGUCGGGUGUCAUCAAUAUUUAAAACUGAUUUAACCUUGCCGUUGAAGAGUCUUGUCUACAGACGGUUGUUCAGCAGUGGGACCAGGGCAUUGAGUGAGACUGGACCCCCCCAGGCUAAAUUCUUUCCUGCAAAUGAGGGAUCAAUGCUGCUCCCUGGGACUUACAAAGGCAAAGUGGCCUUUAUCACAGGAGGAGGAACGGGGUUGGGAAAAGGCAUGACCACAACACUGUCAGCACUAGGGGCAGAGUGUGUAAUCGCUAGCAGAAAACUGGAUGUUUUGAAAAAGACUGCAGAGGAAAUUACAGCUCAGACAGGAAAUAAGGUCCAUGCUGUGCAGUGUGAUGUUAGAGACCCCAAGUCAAUUGAAGCUGCUGUGGACCAACUGGUAGAGGUUGCUGGUCUCCCUGAUGUGGUGAUCAACAACGCUGCAGGGAACUUCAUCUCCCCGUCAGAGAAGCUGUCUGCCAACGCAUGGAGGACCAUCACAGACAUCGUCCUGAAUGGCACGGCCUUCGUCACCCUGGAACURGGCAAAAGGCUGAUACUGGCCGAGAAGGGUGCUGCGUUUCUGGCUAUCACCACCAUAUACGCAGAGACCGGCUCUGGAUUUGUGGUUCCCAGCGCGGCUGCCAAGUCAGGAGUGGAAACUCUGUGCACGUCUCUGGCUGCGGAGUGGGGGAGGUACGGCUUGAGGUUUAAUGUCAUCCAGCCAGGACCAAUCAGAACCAAGGGGGCCUUCAGUCGUCUCGAUCCCACGGGCAUGUUUGAGAAGGCCAUGAUCGGUAGGAUACCCGUGGGCAGGCUGGGCACGCCCGGAGAGAUUGCCAACCUGGCAGCCUACCUGUGCAGUGACUAUGCCAGCUGGGUGUCUGGAGCGAUCAUUCGAAUGGACGGUGGAGAGUAUGUCUCCAUGGCAGGAGAAUUCAAUGAUCUGAGGAGGGUCACUAAGGAGCAGUGGGCUAUGAUGGAGACCAUGAUCAGGGGCACCAAGGGAUCCUAAGAAGUCAAGAUGGGGACAUGAUACUUCCGGAGCAGCAGGUAGCCUAGUGAUUAGAGCGUUGGACUAAUAACUGAAAGGUUGCAAGAUUGAAUCCCCGAGCUGACA